CUAGCUUUACCGUCUCACAUCAAAAUGUUAUAGGUCAUUGUUACUGUGAGUGACAAGGUGAGUACCUAUUACUCAGUGUUGCACACGUCACUAAAGGACCACAACCAUUUAUUGGAGUAUUGGGGCUGAUUCAACUGUCACCAACAAGAAGAAGACUGAGAAGAACCAAACCUCAGAGGAGAAUCAAAUGGAGUUUGAUGACGUUGCAGUUUAUUUCACGGAGGAUGAGUGGGGCUGUUUAUCUAAAGAACAAAAAGAGCUUUAUAAGGAUGUGAUGAUGGAGAAUUACCAGACCCUCAGGACUCUAGGAUAUGUCCCUGAGAAACCUUUGCUUGUUACACAGAUUGAGCACAGAGAGGAGCCGUACGUGAGCAGUUUUCCUAUUACCAGAGGUGAAUUCACAAACUACUAUCAUCUUGACCUUCUGAAAUCUCAUGCAGUAAAGAAAGAAUUUUCAUGUUUUAUCUGUGGGAAAUGUUUUACUCAAAAAUCAUAUCUUCUUAGGCACCAGAAAAUUCAUACAGGAGAGAAACCAUUUUUAUGUUCAGAAUGUGGGAAAAGUUUUAUUCGAAAAUCACAUCUUAUUAGUCAUCAGAAAAUUCAUACAGGAGAGAAAACAUUUUCAUGUACUGACUGUGGGAAAUGUUUUACUCAGAAAUCCGUCCUUAUUAGACAUCACAAAAUUCACACAGGAGAGAAAGAAUUUUCAUGUUCUGAAUGUGGUAAAUGUUUUACUCGAAAAUCACGCCUUAUUAGGCAUCACAAAAUUCACACAGGAGAGAAAGCAUGUUCUGAAUGUGGGGAAUGUUUUACUCAGAAAUCAGAUCUUACUGUGCAUCAGAUAAUUCACACAGGAGAAAAAUCCUUUUCAUGUUCUGACUGUGGAAAAUGUUUUACUCAGAAAUCAAAUCUUAUUACCCAUCACAAAAUUCACACAGGAGAGAAAGCAUUUUCAUGUUCUGACUGUGGGAAAUGUUUUACUCAGAAAUCAAAUCUUAUUAAGCAUCACAAAAUUCAUACAGGAGACAAACAAUUUUCAUGUUCUGACUGCGGGAAAAGUUUUACUCUGAAAUCACAUCUUAUUAAUCAUGACAAAAUUCACACAGGAGAGAAAGUAUUUUCAUGUUCUGACUGUGGGAAAUGUUUUACUCAGAAAUCACAUCUGAUUAAUCAUGACAAAAUUCACACAGGAGAGAAGGCAUUUUCCUGUUCUGACUGUGGGAAAUGUUUUACUCAGAAAUCAAAUCUUACUAAGCAUCACAAAAUUCACACAGGAGAGAAAGCAUUUUCAUGUUCUGACUGUGGGAAAUGUUUUACUCUGAAAUCACAUCUUAUUAAGCAUCACAAAAUUCACAUAGGAGAGAAAUGAUUUUUAUGUUCUGAAUGUGAUAAAUGUUUUACUCAUCAGAAAAUUCUUAUUAAACGAAAUCAGAAAUAUCAGAGCAUAACCUCUUAGUUGCAGAGACACAUAGUCAUCAUCAUCUGUAUAAUUAAAACAAAAAUCGAUGGCACUAACUUAAAGUGUAAUCUUACUGCUGAAUAUAUUUGAUUUAUAUAUAUAUAUAUAUAUAUAUAUAUAUAUACUAUUCAUAGUUAAUUGUGGAGAAUAGGUGCAGUAUACAGACUACAACUAAGAAAAAAAAAAUCAGUGAAGAUCACUGAAUAGAAAGUAUACAUACUAGCAUUCAGUUAGAACAAAUUAUAAAAUUACAUAAUGUUCCAAAAAGAAAACAAAUUAUGUGUACAGAAUUAUUAAUACCACAUAUACUAUCUUCCCAUAUCACAGAGAGGCACCUAUAAAACUUUUCUUUUAUUAAAAGAAAUAUAAAAUGGGGGAACGCUUCUGGGCGGUGGCCAAGAUGGAUGACUUACUUUGAAGCUGAGAUGACACUCAUCAAUACGCUGUAUAUCAGCAGAUCGCGAUAACAUCAAGCUUUGAUUUUUACAGUUCCUGAUAGAGCUACAGUUGCUGCUUACUGUGAUCCAAAUUGGUAGCUAUCUUUCCAGCAGGGAGGAUUUUACUGUGUUAAUUAUAGAUCUAGUGUAGUCUGCUCCUUUCACCUUAUGUUGUGUAUGUUGACAGGUUUAAAAUUUUAAUAAGAUUUGAAUUGAGGCAGAAAUAGGUUUCCAACCUUAUACAGAUAUCAUAUUCCUAUUUAUUUUUUAUUUAUUUUCAUAAGUAGGCACGACUUACAGGUUUAAAAUUGUAAUAUGAUUUGAAUUGAGGCAGUAAUAUGUUUCUAACCUUAUACAGAUCUCAUAUUCCUGUUUAUUUUGUAUUUAUUUUGAUAAGUAGGCAGGCAGCAGUGGUUAUUAUACAUAAGUUGACCAUAAUGAGAAUCUGCUUUUGUUAAAUUGGCUAAGACUGAACCUCCUAGAGAAAAGAAAGUUAUAUGUAAUGAAUAGGAGAUCCCCAACUUUAUUUAAUUUUGGUAGAGUAAGAUGUCACUCUUAUAUAGAUGUUAUUUGUUUCAUUUAUUUAUCUCCAAACAGUGGAUUAAGAAUCUACAAGCUCGCUUUGUCCUGUUUUCUGCGGCGGGACACCAUGAUGUCAGCUUAAAGGGACACUAAACCCAAAAUGUUUCUUUCAUAAUUCAGAUAGAGCAGCAAUUUUAAGCAACUUCCUAAUUUACUCCUAUUAUGUUUUCUUUGUUCUUUUGCUAUCUUUAUUUGAAAAAGAAGGCAUCUAAGCUAAGGAGCUAGACAAUUUUUGGUUCAGACCCUGGACAGCAUUUAUCCACCAAUCAGCAAGGACAACCCAGGUUGUGAACCAAAAAUGGGCCGGCUUAAAAACUUACAUUCUUGCUUUUCAAAUAAGGAUAGCAAGAGAAUGAAGAAAAACUGAUAAUAGGAGCAAAUUAGAAAGUUGUUUAAAAUUGCAUGCUCUAUCUGAAUCACGAAAGAUAAAAUUUGAGUUCAGUGUCCCUUUAAAUUUCCCCUUAAAGGUCAUAGUCCUAUUUUUAAGCAACAAUCUGGGAUCUUGUAGCUGGAGUUAUUCCACUUUAAUCAGCUGCUAAUUAGCCUUGAAAGUUUAAUCUGCCCUACUAGUUAUAUGGACUCAUGCUAUCUCUAGUUCCUAGAUAAGAUGGAGUUUAAUAGGUUGUUUUUAAUAACCUAUUUGCCUGCCCUUUAGAAUUGUCUCACAUAGUUGCAGUGGCUAGAAGAUUGACAUGACAAAACACCUCUUAAUAAUAUCACCCCAAUAGAUCUUUUGUCUCUGUUGACAUUUGCUGGUUCAAUGUACAAGAAGUUUUAAGGGGCAAGGCUACCUGUCUUCCAUUACUACUAUACUGGUCUUUUACUGUCAUGCGAUGAGUGAUGUUCCUUUGCCUCACCAUAGUAAAUAGUAUGUCAUGACUACCUCUGUGGGCUUGUGAAUAUAGGAUUAGCAGAUGUGCACUUGCAUAGUUACAAGAUUUUUCUUUUUUUCUAAUUGGCUCCAUUUUAGUUUUAUUAUUGUUUUUCCAAAGCCUAGAAUAUAUACUAGUAGAUUGUGCGUGAGAAAAGCAGCUUAUAUAUAAUAUUUUUCGUAACCUUCUAGCAAAUGAUGUAAUGGAGGUCUAAGGGGUAAAUUUAUCAUAUCCCGGGCAGACAUGAUUCGCUAUAGCGAAUCAUGUCCGCCCUGCAUCGCUAAAUUCUGACAAUUAUUAUUGCACAAGCAGUUCUGGUGAACUGCUUGUGCAAUGCCGCCCCCUGCAGAUUUGCGGCCAAUCAACCCAAUCUUAUGAGAUCAGGCAGAUUGCUGUCCGCAGCUUUAGAGGAGGCGUACGAAUUAAGGAGCAGCGGUCUUAUGACCGCUGCUUCUUAACUCCUGUUUCCAACGAGCAGAAACAGUUACAUUCAGGGCCAUUCGGCCAUUGUUAAAUCGGCCCCUAAGGGUCCAAGAGUGGCCUAUUACCUAGUAAAUAGAAGAUAUAGUUAUAAAAAGUAACAAAAUGUUGAAGGUCUAAACAAUAUGUCACAUUUAUUAUUCCCCAGACUGACUUGUAAAAACGUCUUGCAUGUAUCUGUUUUUGCAUCUUUGUUAUUUGUAUGCAAUGUUUUUUAUUUACUAUGUGCUGAUCAACCUCAAUAAAUAAUAAUAUAUAAAAAAGAAAUCUAAAAUAAAAUUGUUAUAAAAAAAUAAA